GUCAGUUAUUCUGAUAGAAAUUUUAUUCAUACAUGGUUGAAUAUCAAGAAUACAAAAGAUUUAAAUUAGUCUAAUUGUCAAUAAUAAUAAUAAUAAUAAAAAAUAAACUAUGUGUCUAAUUUUUUUAAUUUCUCUCGCGUGUUAUAUUGUGACAGUUUCCGUUCAAGCGCAAGAAAAUGUUAUUCAAAAUUCAAUACUGGAAAAUAAAGCACUUUUGGAAAAUGAAGUUGCAUUGGAUGAUGAAUUAAUUGUCAAAGAUUAUGUGAAUGUGGAAAAUAAAACAAUUUUAAAAAAUGAAACUAAUUCCGAAACUAUAUUAUCAGAAAUGAAAAUUAUUUCAGAAAAUGCAACAAUUUUUGAAACGAAACCAAAUUUAGAAAAUUCAACAAUUUUUGAAAAGAAAAUAAAUUUAGAAAAUGAAACAAAUUUAAAAAAUAAAGAAAUUUUGAAAAAUGAAGAAAGUUUAAAAAAUGAAAAAUUAUUAAAUAAUAAUUCAAAACUUAUUGGUCGUAUAGUUAAUGGAACAGAAGCUUAUUUAGGACAAUUUCCACAGCAAGUGUCAUUAAGAAGAACUGGUAGUCAAAAUCAUUUUUGUGGUGGUAGUAUCGUUAAUUUAAAAUAUAUUCUAACAGCAGCACAUUGCAUGUUCAUCGGACAACACAUGGAAAUACAAAUACCACCGACAUCUAUUACAAUAGUAGCUGGAAAUAUUUUACUGGAAGGAGCUUCAGUUACUAGACAAGAGAGAAUUGUUAAAAAAAUAACAAUACACAGAAAAUUUGAUAAAGAUACUUUAGAAAAUGAUAUUGCACUUUUACAGUUAGAAAAGCCACUUGUUGAAAAUAAAGCUAUUCAGGUGGCAAAAUUACCAAAUAGUACAAUUACACCUGGAACUUUUUGUGAUGUCUCUGGAUGGGGUUUUCUAAAAGAGGACGUUAAAGAAGUCAGCAAUGUAUUAAUGUUUGUAAAACUCCCUUUGCUUACACAAAAAAAAUGUCGUGAAUUACUUGUGAAUAUAUCACUUGUUCCCAAUGGAAUGUUAUGCGCUGGUUACGAGAAGGGUGAAAAAGACGCAUGUCAGGGCGAUUCUGGUGGAGGAAUGUUAUGUAAUAAUAAAUUGACCGGUGUUGUUUCCGGUGGAAUUGGUUGUGCAAUGCCAAAAAUUCCAGGUGUUUACACUGAUGUUUAUUUCUAUAAAAAAUGGAUAAAAACUGUAAUUUUGACUGAAGAAUUCACAAAUAAUUUACGUAGAUCAAAUUCAAGUAGUACAAUUUUUGUUAAUCUUUUUUGGUUAGUUGCAACAUUAUUUUCUGCAUUUUUGCUCUCUAUGUAUUGUUGACUGUCACGAAUUGUUAAUGGAUAUUAUAGAAAAUAUGAUUACAAUAUGAUUUGGUAAAUUUUUUUUUCAUAGAAAAAAGAAAACAACUUUUUUUAAAUCAAUUUAAUAAAUAAAAAGAAUAAUUUAAAAAUAAUUUAAAAUAAUAAUAAUACGAAAUUUGUAUUUUUUUUUUGAUGAAAUAGAAAAAUAUUGCGCGCGCAGCAUGUGAGGAGUGGGAAUAGCGUUCGAGCUCUAAUCGACGAGCGUUGUCCCCCACUUCCAAUGGAAUGCGCGCGCAGUAUCCAGUAAGCGUUUUUAAUGUAAAAAUAGUAAUAAUUCUCAAAAAAUAUGAAAAAAUUACUAUUCUGUAUUUUCUUUUAUUGAAAUCGUUGAAAAAUCUAUUUUCCUUUUUUCUGAUCUUUGGUCUUUUGUAAUUUUAUUUUAAAUAAACUAUUUUUUCUUAAGUUAAA